GGUGCGCGUUCAGCGUUUUCUCCGAAAGCCACUAAAGAGGCAAACAAGAGCAGAAAAGAGCUAACCUAGAAAAGAGUUGUUUUAAAGGGGCGGGCAUUUGAUUUUGGUGGUCGUGUGACGAAAACAUGUAAGCACUCUCUAUGCCACAACCGGGUCUUUUCUUCAGUGCUUUAGGAAUUGAAAUGUACAAAACGUACGGAAUUAAAAAAAAAAACUGUUAGCCAUACAAAAACAGUAGCGUGCGUCGCAGUUAGUUAAUCUUGGAAAUUCAUCUAGCGGCAUCGCCAUGGCACCUCAAGCAUGGAAGCGGAGGACAUCGCGACAUAAAUCCUAGUUUCUUGGUGGUGCUAAACACUGCUAAGAGAUUCUCGGGUGCCACGCUGGGAAGUCAAACGAAACUAAAGCGGUAAAAGUUAACGGCACAGGCAGAUUUCGUCUGUUAGUUGAAGCACACGGAGAGACCUGAGAAGGAGAGAGUCCACCUUGAACAUCUGGGCGCGUUAUAUGCAAGAGGACAAUUAAAAAAAAAAGAAAAGAAAAGAAAGAUCCCGAAGGGUCUGGAAGGUGAAACACCCGGAUAAUCAGGGGGAAGAUCUCGCAGAGAAACGGGAAUGUGCCAACGGAACUGAAGAGAAGGACUGUAUGUGAAGCGUACCAAAGAAAGAAAACAGGCUGGAGCACCAGAGUGAGAAUAGUGAAUACCUGAGAGGAGAUGACGAGUGGUUUCCCAUGAUGCUAGAGAACAGGUGACAUGGCACAGCAAGAAGUAGACCACGGCAGGACCCCCAAAGUGCUGGGCUUAUAAUGGAUUUCCACAACACCAAUGGAAGUGAGAUCAUGACGGAGAAUGAAACAUCCACUUUGUUCAGCUUAAACUUCCCAUCCUGGGAAGACUUCAACAGCAGCGUCGACGACAUCCGUUACUUUGUGAUUGGUCUUUACACCUUCAUAAGUCUCCUCGGACUUUUUGGAAACGUUCUUAUAAUGCUAGCACUGAUAAAGAAAUGGAAAGAGAAGACCGUGAUGAACUUUUUGGUGGGCAUGUUGGCAUUUUCAGAUAUUCUGGUCGUUAUAUUUUGUUCACCUUUUACAUUAACCUGUGUUCUGCUUGAUCACUGGGUGUUUGGGGACAUCAUGUGCCAUAUUGUGCCCUUCCUGCAGUGUGUGUCCGUCAUGGUCUCAACGUUAGUCCUUAUGUCCAUAGCAAUGGUUAGAUACCACAUGAUAAGUCAUCCUUUAUCUCGACAUCUAACGGUAAACAACGGAUAUCUACUUGUGAUUAUUAUCUGGUCUUUAGGCCUAUCUAUCUGCUCUCCUUUGCCCAUUUUCCACAAAAUUGUUGACCCAAGUGAGACAUUUCAUCUGGAUUCUUGGAAAAAUAAACAAUUGUGCAUCGAGUCCUGGCCUUCGAGUUCUUACAGAAUCGCAUUCACCAUCAGCCUGCUCUUUGUUCAGUACAUUCUGCCAAUCGUCUGCUUGACCAUAAGCCAUGCCAGCGUCUGCCGAAGAGUCUGCAGCAGCUUCCCCAACUCACAGGUCCGACCUGAAGAAAAUGAAAUGAUCAACUUGACCCUGCAGCAGCCAGAAGGCCAAAGUUGUUCCUCGCCACAGCUCUCAAAUUCUGAAAGACUCAUGCUGGCGAUACCGAAAAAACAAAAAAGGAGAUACAGUAAAAAAACCUGCAGCGUGGUCCCGGCCAUAUACAAUCAUGGCGCAGGGUGCAAUGGGCAGCCAAAUUCUAGACAAAGGAGCCAGAACCCCUCAAAUGGUGCCCUCCUCCCUGGGGUACCGGUGUGUUUUGAACUGAAAACCGAGGAAAACGCAGACUUGCAGAAGAUCCUCCACCUUUCAAAGUCGGUCACAAGGAUGAAGAAGCGCUCAAAGAGCGUCUUCUACAGGCUUACUAUUGUCAUCUUAGCGUUUGCUAUCAGCUGGAUGCCACUUCACAUUUUUCACCUUGUAACUGAUUUCAGUGCAAAUCUCAUCUCCAGCCGGCACUUCAAGCUUGUGUACUGCAUUUGCCAUCUGCUGGGAAUGUUGUCAUGUUGUCUUAAUCCAAUUUUAUAUGGGUUCCUCAACAAUGGGAUCAAAGCUGAUUUAAUGUCUCUAAUUAAAUGUUUCCCUGCAUCCUAAUACAUCUCAAAUAUGACACCAGACGGGGAAAUGACGCUCUUCCUCUGGCUUUGUGGCAAAACUUAUUACUGUAAUCUUCAUGCUCAAGAUUGCACUGAGGCUUAAAUCAAAAUGCAGAUUGUAAAAAAAGAAUGCAAUGAAAUUCUCAAUUAUCUGCUUGGAUACUCGACGGUCCAAUGUUUCAGUUAAUCAAUAGUCACUUGUUCACUGCAUUCUCUCAGAGCUUCAAAAACAAGAGCCCAAGUAAUACAAGAUGCAGAAAUGAAAGAGUCACCGUUAAUCUUGUGCAUGAUCAUGGGGUUAAUGGAACUUACCAGACUCGUUAUGGGUUUGCCUACUCACGUAACCUAACCUUAACACACACGGAAAAAUAUGCAAAGAUAGACCCUAUCCACUUAAGAACACUUGGUUGUCCCUGGAUAUAACCUCAAACUAAAGUCUACUUUCGUUCCUCCCCCACACUAUGCGACUCUGGAAUUCCACCCGGGGAGGUUAAACGUUAACAUUAUACAAAGUUAUU